UCCCAUCACCGGAGUCACGUGCGCCGUGCGUGCGGACGUCACGAAGUCACGUGACAGAGACGGUCCCCGGCCAGAGGAAGAAGCGAAGCGAGAGAGACGGCGACCGGGGAGGGAGAAAUUAACGAUUGGAGAUUAACGCUCAAACAUCAUCAUCAUUACCAUGGCCGCGCUCUCUCUUCUCUACGGCGGAGUCUCGCUCGCCUUCUGGAGCACGCUCACCAUCGUGGGGAUUUGCUACACCAUCUUCGACCUCGGAUUCCGGUUCGACAUCGGAUGGUUCCUGACCGAGACGUCCCCGUACAUGUGGGCCAACCUUGGGAUCGGCCUCGCCAUUUCGCUGUCCGUGGUCGGAGCUGCCUGGGGCAUCUACAUGACCGGCUCGAGCAUCAUCGGCGGCGGAGUGAAGGCACCGCGCAUCCGCACCAAGAACCUGGUCAGCAUCAUCUUCUGCGAAGCUGUCGCCAUCUAUGGCAUCAUCAUGGCCAUCGUCAUCAGCAACCUCGCCGAGCCUUUUAAAGGAGCCAUCCCUGAGCUCAUUGGUAACCGCAACUACCACGCAGGCUACGCUAUGUUCGGGGCCGGCCUCACCGUGGGCUUCUCGAACCUGUUCUGCGGAGUGUGCGUGGGGGUGGUGGGGAGCGGAGCGGCGCUUGCCGACGCGCAGAACGCUUCUCUCUUCGUCAAGAUCCUCAUCGUGGAGAUCUUCGGAAGCGCCAUCGGCCUCUUCGGCGUCAUCGUCUCCAUCCUGCAGACAUCGAAAGUGAAAAUGGGAGACUGAGCCAUACAAGUGACAGCUGCUGUUGGUGACCAGAACACACGUUCAGUCCACAACCAGCGAACGCACGACUCCUAACCCUAAUCCCAUGCGCAUACACUUACACACGUACAUACAUAUAUACACACGAGCUGGUACACGAGCCACACACUGUCAUACAUUAGACACACAACCAUUACACAUAGACCCACACACAACCCACACACACCCACAAUAUACACGCCGCAAAGACAUAUACACCCACACAUACAUCAUUCACAUACACAUGUAUACCCACUCACUUACGCACAUAUCCCACUCACACAUGCAAAGACACACACACAUCAACCCACACAAAUACACACAACCCACAUGCAUAUACACACACACACCGUACAUGUGCACGCACACACCCCUAUACACCAACUCCCCCGCAUGAUGCCCACGCAUACAUGCAUUCACAUACGCACACCCCGCGUGAACAUCCACCCCACACACACACACACCCUGCACACACACUUCUUGCACACACACACAUCUGCCUAAGGACACCUAAGAGCACGCUCUCUGGAAACUCCCCCUGUCGAAGCUUAACACUGGGCGGCCACCGCUUAAAUCACCACAGCCACAGCGUUUAUUCGUGACUGCAGAGCGGUCUGCUGCACGAGAGGCAUCCUCGCUCCUCUGCCGGCACCUGAAGGCUCUCCGAGACAUUUCGAUUCAAUCCACGCCGAUCGCAGCUGUUUCCGAGGGAUUGAGAUGAGAGCGUCUAUUUAAGAUUUAACCACCCAACGAGGUAUUGUAGGUGAGAGACCACUUGAGAAUUUUCACAAUCCCCGUGUUGGGGGGGGGGGUGGGUAGUCUUGGUGUAGAAUUCUUGACGUGUGCAUGUGUGGGCAGCUGUCACAUUGUCAGGGGAAAGUUUCCGGUUCUACUUGGGUGUGUGUGUGACCCCCCCAGAACUGGUGUCAUUCACAGUUAUAAUUGUGUAAUUUGUAAUGAAAGCGAUCGAAAUUGCAGCUAGCAAUUACAACCACACAUUCAUACCCUGAAUAAAACAAAGAUACACACCCGCACAACAACAGCAACCGCCGUUCGCCACAUAAGAGAUGGUAAUAUCACCAUGGCGUUUGUGCCAGGCUAGGUGCACUUUGUGUGUGUGCACCACGUACAAAGACACAUACAUACACACACGUACCCAAGGUCACCUCAGUAAAGAGACUCGCAACUGGAAACUCCCCCCGUCGCAGUUUAACCUCUUCCAGUCUGACCAUUGGGCCGGCUCUGCGAACAAUCGCUGGCGCAGCAUCGAUGCUCAAGUACAAACAGAUCCGCUGCGCGAGACGCACUCGCGCUGCCAUCGCGUAAAGGCUCUCUCGGUUUGAAGAGCUGUUCCUUUGACAUACAUUUCUGUUUCAUCCGCGCCGACACUUAUUUGUACGUAUGUUGAACUUCUUUCGCACCGUACGUAGCCGACCGUGCUAAUCGGAGGUGCGGGGGAAGGACAACAAACUAAACGCAAAAAGCAGUUGUAAAGAAAUGAGUUUUCAGUCUAGAUUAUUUAAAAGUGCAUAGCUCCAGUGGCUUCCGCAUAUCGGAAGGAAGAGCGUUCCAGAGGGCUGCAGAAGCGCCUCUGAAAGCGCCGCGAUGCGGUGAUCGUCUUUGUCCAAAUGGCCAGCCAAAAGCUGCUGCUGCGAGGAUGACCGGAAUUCGCGUGACGGCUUAUGCUCCCACUCCUUGACGAGAUCAGCAAGGUGUUGUGGUUGAUCUUCUUGGUUCUUUCGGUAAAGUCACGUAGAAGGAAAAUAAUAAAAAUAAAACAUAAUAAAAUAAUUCUCACGACGUUUCGGCCACAAUGCAAGCAGCGUCUUCAGGUGAAGAACAGGUCUGUCGAGAAGGCAGAGUGUUGUGGUUGAUUUGUUACAAGCACUGUCGUGUCUAAUGAGUGCGACCUUAUAAUGCGAGCUGUUUGAGAUGAGUGCCCGUUGCCGAUUUUGAAUGCCUACCGAGGUAGGGGCAGACUCGUCGAUUAACGGACACCGCUUUACGAAUCUCCACGGUCGAUCCGUGCCUCGUGGUUGGCCGCAUGUAAACUACCUGGCAUGUGCUUCUGAACGAGCUGGUCAUCGGUAGUUAGGGAGGAGUUUCCAAUUGUGUCAGUCUGUCCGUGUGUGUGUGUGUGCUCGACCUGGAGUCGGUUACAAAUGCGUUAUUGCGUCACUUUGCAGUCGCAAUGCAAGUGCAAAAAAAACACCAUAUCGGGAUUGCUGUUGCGGCCAACAUCGCUGCUGAACUCGUGUUUGACUCCAGCUCUGGUACGUGCUCGCCUGCCAAUGCGCUCGCGCGCUUUCAUCUGCGUUCAUCUGCACUCUUUGGCCAUGCACAUUCGGGCUAUGCGCACCCACGUGCUGGGUCGUGUCCCCGUAAGACACGGGGCAACGGAGGAGCGUGACGGAUGUCGAAACACGUGGGGGGAUUUUUUAUUAAAAUUUGCAGCGUUGA